AUGAGAAUUCUAACAACUACCAAACAUCACAACCAGCUUAAAACUGGCAUGCCUGUUGUUAGAUCUGUCAUCUUAGUGUCAACUAGAGUAGGGGCUUACGCGACUGGACGAACCACAAAAUUCGAGAAACAUGACACGCACAUGUCUAAAUUCACAUUUUCAGGGCAGACAAUAUCUAUUACUUGUUGUAAGAAGGUUGAUCAUGAGGUUGCACGUGAACUUCAGUGGUACUCCGUGGAGAAAGUAAGUGACAAACGACACGCAAGUGUGCUGUGCAAAAAUGAAAGAAGCUUCAGUGACUGUAACUGUAGAGAAGAUCGGAUAGACAUUGUUUCCAUCAGGAAUAUGCUCAGUAAUCUCGUCACUUUUGAAAUACGAUAUUAA